UGAAAGCUGGGAGGUUCGCGAUGAUCAUUUUAGCUGCCGCAGCUCUUUCGGGACUAGCGCCGAAGCUACCAGGACCAGUUCCAGUCAGGGACUCGGGCAGCUUCAUCUCCAUGUCAUCUUAAUAUUGCAAAUUUCGAAUGACAGGGAAUCCUGGGUUGCACUACGCGGCUAUUUCCUGUCAUCCCCAUAGCAGACCAUGCUCCUAGCCAUCUAAUUACUACUUGGACUGGCGGGAGGACCGUGGUUCCGAGCUCAACAGACAUCGCGUCUACUAACUAUUAUAGGUCUUAGAAACCUGCACCAUCCUGCAUGAUGCGCUCCAAUCCUCGCAUCGUCGAAGUGCAUAUUCUCAUACUGUGGUCUAGAGCCAGGCCGGGCACAACAUUUAUCUGAACACAUCUGUCCCGGCCCCAGCUUGUGUAAAACUUUCGACGAACGCCCACGCAUUGCGCGCCCAAUUGGUAUCCCGUCUGUGACAUGCUCCUGCGAUCAUGGAUGAUCACAUAUUUCAUUACUUCCUCGACGAGUGUCGAGCUGUGAGUGAAGCGACAAGCUAUGUGGAGAUCUUGAAUUAUUCGGACCCGAAAUGGAACACUUGCGAGCAGCAUGCAUUGACACUCGAUGAAUUUGAGAACUUCUUGCAUCGGAGGGGGGCCUUCGCGCCUCCCGAAGGGUUGCCACCUGGUGUGAGACUGCUCAAUGCCUUGAGGCUGGUAGUACAAGUCAAUGCCAAGCAUCCAGACACCUUCGCACCCAAGGUUUUAUCCCUCCCCAAGGAAACCUACUCAAACAUGGUCAAUGCCAUGAGGCUGCCGCAAAAGGGCAUUGAGACAAGUGCUGUUGUCGGACCAUUCUUCUGGAGCUCGCUAGAUCAUGACGAUGACGACCCCCAUCUUCACGUUGUUCACCGCAAGUCUGAUGUGCGAAAGAAGGGAAAGACGCGCGGAUGGGAGCUUCUCCUCUCGCACUCGUUCAAGACAUCCGUGACCAGCGGGUUCAUGAAAGGCACACCAACAUCGGACGUGCCCCUCGCGCUACGACACAUCACCUCAACUCCCUCCGAGACGGGCCACCCUCUUCUCCUUUCCCUCUUCUUUCUAUCUCACGACCUGAACCCUGCCAACGACCAGAAGCAACGCGAUGCAAGAGACUGGCUGAGGAGGCUAGAGAAUGCGGUGAGCAUGAGGGACGAGGUCGACGCCAGCGAGACUUACUUCAAGGAUGAUGGCUUUGUGGAGAUUGACGGCCUGAGCAGGGACUUGGUAGAAUGCCACGGACAUGUCAUGUGGAAAAGACCACAGGCUUACGCAGCGCUAUGUGGAGAGAUCAAGAAGGCGCUGGGACUGUUCGAAACGGAAUACAGAAGAAACCUUGGCGAUGGUCAAGGAAAGCAAAUCCUAAAGACGCACCGGCAGUUCCUGUCAAGGGUCGAUUUCUACCUGGCGAAACUCAAGGGGCUGGAGAACUACAUCUGGACAACUCUUGAGAGGCUCAAGGUUCAACGAGAAGGGCUGUACAAUAUCCUUUCUCAGCGAGAGGCGAGACUCAACCUCGAGAUCGCUGGUGAGCAGAGGAGGAUUGCUCACGCGAGCAAGCGGGACAGUACGGCCAUGAAGACACUCUCGCUACUUGGCGCCCUCUUCCUGCCAGGGUCCUAUCUUGCCUCGGUCUUCGGCAUGUCCUUUUUCAAUUUCGAAGCUGAUGCCACUCCCGUCUCGGUUGACUUGUGGAUCUAUUUCGCUGUCACGGUACCAAUUACGGCUUUCAUAGUUGUUGCAUGGAUCUGGUUCGAUAGAAGGCGAGAGGCACAGCACAAGAAGGAUGAUGCAGACUUGGAGCGGAAUAUCGACCAGAUGGAGAAGGACAUUAUGCGUAAUCUACGCAAGAGGACCAUGAGCAAAGCGCAUACUUGGAAUACAGUCACCUCGCCGCCAAAGGCAGGAUGAGCGUCAAAUACACACAUGCUCGUAGAACAAAUAUACAAUGGAAUACAAAAAGGCUGUUUGUGUGUCAAGUUCUCCGCAAC